UUUUUUCUGGGAAUUUUCUGACCAAACUGUACGUCGUGUCAUUCUUUCAAUUACUGCAGAAGAACCUUUUCUCUACACCGACCCAAUACGUCUUAAACCUGUUGAAUUUUUGCGGAUUAAAAUACGUGGCCAAAGUUUUAUACUUCACCAAAUUAGAAAAAUGAUUGGCACUGUAUUAGCAAUAAUGCGUGGAUUUAUGUAUAAAAGUGAUGUUGCACGUUCAUUUUUAGCUGUAAGGAUGGAUAUCCCAAAAGCUCCUGGACUUGGACUUUUGCUUGAACGCCUCCAUUACGAUCGCUAUGAAAAACGUUUUGAAAAAACCCAUGGUUCCUUGAAUAAUUGGGGGGAAGAAAUUGAGACUCAACUACUUGAAUGGAGAGAUAAAAUGAUUAUGGAUAAAAUUCUUAGUGAGGAAUGCCGGACACAAUCAAUGAUGAGAUGGUUAACUACAUUACCUGCCCACAAUUACAUUACUGAUCCUGAAGAUGAAACUGGUGAUAAAAGCAUAAAUAAAGAUUUAUGUGCGGCUGCUAAAAAUACUUAUGCUGCAGCUGUCGGUUCCGAUCCCUCGUCGCUAAAUCAAUUAAUAAAUGAUGAGGAUGUGUCGAAUAUUGCCGAUAAUGAAGGGGAUGAAUUGGAAGAGGUUACUGAACUGGACAAUAAUGAUUUAGAGACUUCGCAAAUUGACGAAGAAAACGAAAAGAAUUUUGAAAAUGAAACGGAGGAGGGGGAGAAAAUUGAUAGAUCAAAAAAAUCUGUAGCUAUUUAA